CUAUACUGCUACGCAUACGCUAGGCAUCUCAACCUCCGAGGCGAUUUAUUCCGCGUCCGCCGACACGGAGGCGGUUAGCCGGCGACUUACAAGGCACCGACCUGCUGAUCUCGGGUAGCUAAUUGGCUACUGUGGAGGCCGAGGGGCAGAGAUACCUAAAUAAACGUCUAACCGACCUGCUCGGCUUCCUGGUCGGUCUGGCCGCCUAGAAUCAUGGCUUUCCUCGCCGACAUCAGGCGAUCCCAUCGUAGGAAUGUCGAGAACCUCCGCAAAUCGCCCCUGGCUGAGAUUUCCGGCGCGCUCGGCGACCUCGGCACUCUUCUACCACUGAUGAUCACCCUCGCCAUCAACGGUUCCAUCUCGCUGUCGACCACACUCGUCUUUUCCGGCUUCUUCAACAUCGCUACCGGCGUCAUAUUUGGUAUCCCUCUCCCCGUGCAGCCGAUGAAGGCCAUCGCUGCAGCCGCCAUCGCGUCAAAGGCCUCGCAGCGCGAGACCGUCGCAGCGGGCAGCAUCGUCGGCGCUGUCGUGCUGUUCCUCAGCGUGACUGGCCUGCUGCGCUGGGCCGCCCGCGUCAUCCCGGUCCCCGUCGUCAAAGGCAUCCAGCUCGGCGCCGGCUUGUCCCUCAUCAUCUCGGCGGGGACCUCGCUAUUGAUGCUGCCGCCCUCGCGCUGGGCGUGCCCGCCGCUGGACGGCCCCGCCUGGGCCGCCGUAGCCUUCGUGCUCCUCGUGCUGACGCAGCGCAUGCGCCGCUUCCCGUAUGCACUCGUUGUGUUCGGCGUCGGCAUCGCCUUCGCCUUCGUCGGGAUCGCCAUCGGCCCUGAGCCGAGCCUCAACCCCCACCACCACCGCAAGCUGCCCCGCUGGAGCACCUGGGAGCCCCGGUUCGCCGUGCCCCGCUGGACCGCCGAGGCCAUCGGCAUGGGCGUCGCCCAGCUACCCCUGACGACGCUUAACUCGGUAAUCGCUGUCGGCGCCCUCGCAGCGGACCUCAGGGGCCCGUCGGAGCUGGCACCCCCUGGCGUCGGCGCGCUGGGCCUGAGCGUCGCGGUCAUGAACCUCGCCGGGUGCUGGUUCGGCGCGAUGCCGGUGUGCCACGGGGCCGGCGGGCUGGCGGCGCAGUGGCGGUUCGGGGCGCGCAGCGGCGCGAGCGUCGUCCUCCUGGGCGCGUUCAAGAUGGCGGUGGGCCUGGCCUUCGGAGAGUCGCUGCUGGACCUCCUUGCGGCGUUCCCCAAGGCGCUGCUCGGCGUGAUGGUGGUGGCGGCGGGCCUCGAGCUGGCCAAGGUAGGCCGGAGCCUGAACUACGGCGCGCCAGACCUGUGGGAGGAGUCGGUUGAGCAGCGGGGAGACGGAGCGACGGUGCGCAAGCAGCACCGCAAGGUCUCGGACGAGGAGCGCGAGGAGCGCUGGACGGUGAUGCUCACGACGGCGGCGGGAAUCUUAGCCUGCCGCAACGACGCCGUCGGCUUCUCUGCCGGCCUGCUGUGCCACUGGGCGUACCGGCUCGCCGACUGGGUCGAGCGGAGGAGGCGGGGGCGUGGGCAGAACGAGAGGACGCCGCUGUUGGGCGCGUGAGGAGUACGGUAAGGACCCAGCGCAGAUUUUGUGGAGGUAUAUGACGAUACCGUAGAGUGAUACUGCAUAACGAUACCACGUGGCGAUGACAAUAAACGACAAGCAA